CACACUGGAACCAGGAACACCUUCACAUCCUGGCAGGAGCCUGGCGGAGCAAACAAGGGGCAGCCAUGGAGAGGAGUUACGUGUCCGUGCUCGUGCUGCUCAUCGUCAUCUCCUGUGCUCUGGCAAAGGAUGUGGGCAAGAAGGAUUCAAAGGACACUACCACUAAGCCAAAACUGCCCCAGACACUCUCCAGAGGCUGGGGAGACCAGCUCAUCUGGACGCAGACCUACGAGGAGGCGCUUUUCCGCUCCAAGCACAGCCAGAAACCCCUGAUGAUCAUCCACCACUUGGAAGACUGCCCACACAGCCAAGCCCUCAAGAAGGUCUUUGCUGAACACAAAGACAUACAGAAACUGGCUGAAAAAUUCAUUCUCCUGAACCUUGUGUAUGAAACCACAGACAAGAACCUUGCCCCUGAUGGCCAGUACGUCCCUCGGGUUUUGUUCAUAGAUCCUUCCCUGACUGUGAGAGCAGAUAUUACAGGAAGAUACUCAAACCGUCUCUAUGCAUAUGAGCCCUCUGACAUUUCGCUGUUGUAUUCAAAUAUGCAGAAAGCGCUGAAGCUCCUGAAGACUGAACUGUAAGGGGAAGAAGAAAGCCCUUAAAUAUUAUGAAGUCUUAUCUUCCAUGUUUUCUCUGCACCUCGAUACUGGUGAAGAGACUAUUUAGAGUGAUAUUUAGUGAUGUGUAGUGAUGGUUUCUAUACAUAAACACUACAGUUUUACAUUAGCACUUUUGUACUGGGAAGCGUUUUUAAAAGCUGAAGGCUUUUAUUUUAAGGCGUACAGAAGAAUACUGUAUGAUUCAACUGUAAAAGUGAUUUUUUUUUAAAAAUAAAUUCAUUUCAAGUGUU